AUGAGUGACAUUGUUGUUAGUUUUGUGUUUGAGAACCUAAAAAAUUUGCUCAUCUAUGAGGCAAAUUUGUUUCUUGGAGUGAAAGAGCAAGUCGAUUUGCUCCAAGAUGAUCUUGGCUUUAUGGAUUCCUUUCUCAAAGAUUCUGAAGGGAAGCAGAACGAGCAUUACACGGUGAAGGAGCUGAUCAGCCAAAUCAGAGAUGCUGCUUUUCAGGCUGAGGAUGUCUUAAGCAUAUACAUGGCUCACAUCAUAAAGCAACGAAGGAGGAACCUGCUGCAGAAGUUAUUCCACUCAUUUAGUCAUGCAAGCAUGCUUCAUGAGGUUGCAGACGAAACAACGAGAAUCAAGAACAAGAUCGACAACAUUUACGCUAAUAGAUCAAAAUUUGGCAUAGAAGCUGGAUCUCAAUCGCAUUUCGAUGAGGAGGCAGAACGAUUGCUUGAGCAACGACGGAGAGAUGUCGAGGAAGUCGAUGUGGUGGGCUUCAUCAAUGACACAACAACAUUGGUGGAUCAACUUACUGAUGGAAGGAGCUUACGGCUUGAGAUAACUUCGAUCAUAGGGAUGGGUGGUGUGGGAAAGACCAUGCUUGCAAGAAAAAUUUAUAACAAUUCUCGUAUCAAGAAUCACUUUGAUCGUUGUGCAUGGGUUAAUGUAUCUCAAGAAUACAAAACCCGUAGAUUGCUUCUUGAUAUGUUGAAGUGUUUUAUGUCAUUAUCAGAUGAUAUAUACCAAAAAUCUUAUGAAGAACUUAAACACACACUACGUGACAACUUGAAAGGAAGAAGGUAUUUUGUUGUCAUGGAUGAUGUGUGGAAACCUGAAGUUUGGGAUGAGAUAAAAGCAGCUUUUCCUGAUGAGUCAAAUGGAAGCAGGCUACUAAUCACUAGUCGGGAAAAAGCUGUUGCUACUCAUGCUAGCCCAACUCCUCCUUAUUUCUUGCCAUUUCUUGACGAGGAAGCAAGUUGGGAACUCUUUUGUAAAAAAGUGUUUCGAGGAGAAAAAUGUCCCUCUUAUCUAGAAAGUCUUUGA